GUGAGAGAAGCGCUCGGAGAGGCAGCACGCACGAAUUGAGCAGAUGGCGCAAGGCACCCUCCGCUGGGUUUGAUAUGGGAUAUGGGAUUUACGUCGGUGAAGAUUUCAAGAUUUUGUGCAUUUAUUGCAUUAGUGUCCCUGACUGUGGCAAGAGUCUCAGCGGCAGAUGUGAAGUGUGAGAAUAUUUACAGGGACUUCUCUGACUGUGUUCUGGAGUUGGGGGAGAGCAUGGAUAACUACCAAGAGAAUGUGACCAGCGAGAUGGGAGUGGAAGCUGUGUGCAGCCACUGGGAGGCGUUCCACACGUGUGCCCUGACGGCACUGUCCGGGUGUCAGGAGGAGGUGGGCUCCAUCUGGGAGACCCUGAAAGAAGACUCCAGGAAGAUCCGCUUCCAGGGCAGCCUCUUCGACCUGUGCAGCCCCAGCUCGGCCCCCAGCCUGCGCUCGCUUCUAUCCCCUCUACCCCUGCUGCUCCUAGGCUUGCUGAUCCUGGGAGGGCCCAUCUGGCCAUCCACAUAGAUGGGGAAGCCUCCCUCCUCAUCGCUCCCAACCCCAUGCACUCUCACAUUCCCCGGGGUGGCCGGCUGCAUCCUGAGCACAUCUGAAAACUGAAGCCAAGGAUUGGGGGGGGGGGGGGGGGAUCAGUGAGUAGAGAAUGAAUAUGGAUUAAGGUUAGCACACAGAGCCAUGUCUCUAUGGAGACGCCAUAGACAUCUUUGGUACUGGGUAAUUAGAAGGCUAUGAUAUCACAGAGCCAUUGAUGUCUGUGGAGAGACGGAGGGAUACCGAUCGCUCUGGGUUACCCACCAUAGAUGUCUAUGGCACUAGGUAAUUUAGAAGGUUAUGUUAUCAGGGCCUUAGAUAUUAAUGUCAUCAUUAUUGAUGAGUCUGGAUAAAAAUACACACCCAAUACCCAAGCAAUUGUAAUGAAAACCUAUUACAGUAUACGCCUAUGAAAAAAGCAAUUUUAAAGCAAUUGGUCAAUUUUGUUGACAAUCAAGUGAAUUCUUUCAACUUUGACCUUUUGACCCCUACACACCAGCCCAAUGUUUGGUGUUGCAUGGCUGCUAUAAUGACACCAAAAAGGCAUUUUUCCAUAUUUUUGCUCUGUUAAACAAUUUCUUUGGUCAUCCUGUUACAGUAGGUGCUGUUAAAGUCAGGCAAUGCUGUUAACUGAAAAUAUUGUUCCUUGCUUUAUUAUGCACUUUACAGUAAAAUGCCUAAUUUACCGUUA